AUGCCCCUCCCAAUUCAGAUCGCGUAUAAGCCUAUCGGCAAGCCCGAAAUCGGAGUAAACAACUAUCAAGGCUUCACUCCAGGGCGCACCGAAGUCCUUCCCAAGGGCUGGAACGGCUACAAUGCGAAACCUCUGGAGAGCGACAUCCGCAUUGAUCAUGACGUCGAGAUCAAAGUCCGCGAUGGCUGCCGAUUGUAUAUCGACGUAUACCGCCCUGCAGACUCGACGGAGAAGAUACCCGCCAUCGUCGGCUGGUCCCCAUACGGCAAGAAGUACAGCGCUCUGACGAUGUUGCCCAUGACACCGUGGUCAUGCUGCGUCAAAAAGAGUGACCUUAGCGGCCUUGAAAAGUUUGAGGGACUUGACCCUCAAAGGUGGUGUCCCAAGGGCUACGCUAUUAUCAGCGUCGACAGCAGAGGUGCUGGCAAUAGCGAUGGCCAAGUCCCCAUUAUGGGUCUCCAAGACGCGGAGGACGCGUACGAUGUCAUCGAGGCUAUUGCUAAGAUGGAUUGGUGCAACGGCAGCGUUGGCAUGGCCGGCAACUCAGCAUUAGCUAUUGCACAAUGGCACGUCGCAGCCUUGAACCCUCCAUCUUUGAAAGCCAUUGCUCCUUGGGAGGCAAGCGGUGACCUCUUCCGAGAGCAAUUCGUUAGAGGCGGCAUAUUUUCCAUGAGCAACUUCGACCUGAUUACGAGCCUCAUCAUCAAGGGUGGCUCAGGAGUCGAGGAUUUCGCCGAGAUGUACCGCCGAAGCCCUCUUUCCAACAUCUGGUGGGAAGACAAGCGAGCGAACAUGAAGGCAAUCAACAUCCCUGCGUAUAUCUCCGGGUCAGACUUUAGUUCUAUCCACACAAUGGGCAGCAUUAGAGGCUUCAUGGAGUUGGGCUGUGAGAAGAAGUGGAUCCGCUGGAGUGCUUGGCAAGAGUGGUUUGAUUUGUACAGUGUUCACGAGACGAACGAGGACUUGGCGAAAUUCUUCGAUAGAUACCUGAAAGGGAUUGAAAAUGAUUGGGAGAAGACGCCGAAAGUACGGUGGACAUCUCUCAAGUUCGGCGACCGAGAACCCGAAAGCGAUAUCAUCUACGAAGAUUUUCCUCCUCCUAACACAGACUACAAGACCUUCUAUCUAGAAAACGGCAGUCUGUCGGAAUCAGUUCCUUCAGCUCCAUCGAAAGCUUCUUAUAACUCCGAGGAUGGCAACUCAUUAGCCAAGUUCACUUACACAUUCGACAAGCCAUCGCGUCUGAUCGGAUUGCCAAAAGCAAUCCUCUACAUGUCCUGCCCUUCCCACGACGAUAUGAAUGUGUUCAUCAACAUCCGCAAGCUUGACAAGGAGGGCAACCCGAUGAUGCACCUUUGCUUCCCAUUCUGGGCGGCACCCGUCAAGUCCAUUCACGAUAUCCCGCCCAAGGAGCGGAGCAGCACGAACCUGCACCUGGGCUCGGUUGGUCAGCUAAGGGCAUCUCAUCGCAAAAUCGAUCCCUCCCGGUCUAUGCAUUCGCAAUUUCCCUUCCACCCACACAACGAGGAGCGGAAAAUUCCUGCUGGCGAAAUCGUGGAGUUGGAGAUUGGCAUUUGGGCCAUGGGCGUUGACUACGAAGCCGGUGAGUCCGUGCAGGUUCAGGUUGGCGGACAGUUCCCGUCGAUUGCAGAAUACAAGGCGUUCUCGACGGAGCGGCCGGAGCACGAGCGGAACAAGGGAGACCAUUACAUCCACUGUGGACCGGAGCAUCAAAGCAGAAUUAUCUUGCCGUUCAUUCAGUAA